AUGCCCCCCACUCCACUCUCAAUUAGCUUAUUCCAUUAUACUCAUUGGACAGUCCUAUCGGCAUCUAUCAUGAAAUUUUCUGUUGUGUGGAUCCAUGAGAAACAUCUCUUCAGGAACAUGAAUGCAUGGCUUACCAAAUCAUCGCGCCUCGAUUUCCAAAUUAUGAUAGCAUUCCGGGCAAAAGUUGGCAAGAGAUAUCAGCUUCCUCAUGAAGGGAUUAUUCCAGAAGAAUUUGGGUUGGUUGCUCGAUAUAGGGGACAGGGGAGGCUGGCUGAGCCCGGAUUUCAGAAUCCUCGAUGGGUUGAUGGCGAACUUGUUAUCCUGGAUGGGAAGUACAUCAAAGGUGGACCAGUUGCAUCGCACACUGUGGCACUCCGGUACUUUUCAGCGGUAAUCUUCCUUGUGAUAAAGAGAGAAAAUGUAUGGAUGUUGUGUGUAGAUGUUAUGCGCCGUCUGUGGAGGAGCGAAAUCGUAGCGGCGUUCGAGGUUGGGCUGCCGACAGAGAGGGAGGACGUCGCCAGUGAGGGUGGUAGAGAGAGUCGUCGGCGAGGCAUACAAUCCCUUUUUGAAUAUCUUUGUCGAAAUGGGAAAACGAAGAAAGCUGAGCAAGUUCUCAGGCAGCUAAUGAGUAGAGGAAUACAGGAUCCUUCGGCAUAUAGAACUUUGAUCUUGGGGAAUUGCAAGGAAGGAACCUGCGUAGCUGGGCACAAGCUCUUGGUCUUGAUGUUGAGAAGAAAUUUUGAGCCUGAUCGUGUCAAGCCCAUUAUAGAUUAG